ACAAAUAAAGUUGCACCACUACGAUUCAAAUCAACAAUGUUCUACUAGGUUAUCAGACAACAAAAUAACGGUUCAUUUUAGGGCCUUGUCUGAGUUUGUUUCGUCACCGGUCACAGAAUUCUACACUAAGUGUAGAAUUCUGUGUCACCGGUGCAAAGAAGGCUGGAUAAAAAUAAAUUAGCAUCAUUUUGGUUAUAUCAUAUUUUUUAAAUGAAUAUAUUAUUUGAGAAACAGACAGAACUGCAACAGUUUUUUCUGUAAAAAAAAAAAAAAGAGCUGUCCGUGUGUGCGGAACUGCAUUCGCAUCAACAUUAGUUUGUUUGAAAAUGGCGAUCUUCGAGAUAUUUUCUCACCCGGAGCUGAGGCGCUAUAAAGCGUCCGUAUUUUCCAAGGCCACACUUAUGAUGUUGGUUAUACUUAUUCUUACAUUUAUUCCACCCUUACUUGUGGUCUAUCGAAGUUAUGGCUACAGCCCCGGCUUCUGGUACCUCAUCAAGUGGGGCUGGGUCCAGUAUGCGGCCGUCCUCCUCCUCUUCCUCGCCGUCUUCAACAAGGUCAAGGUCUUUGUCUUCCAGCACCAGGUGGUCACAACAGUCGUGGAGAGUUCCGCCGCAGCAAACGACGGUCGGAAGGACAAGUUCUCCUGAACAGCAGCGACAGCGACCUUGAGUAGAUAAAUAACGUAUUCCUAUGUUUAUGACAGCCUCCAUGAGUAGAUAAAUAAAUAGUCAGUAUGUUUAUGACAGCCUCCAUGAGUAGAUAAAUAAAUAGUCAGUAUGUUUAUGACAGCCUCCAUGAGUAGA